AGGGAAGACCGACUUAAUGCUUUUGUGAUUUUUGGGGGAGAGCUUCCUCUUUGUUGUUUGUGCUUCGUAAUUAUCAAAAAAAGAAAAGAAAAAAAUACCUACUCAUUUCCGAUCCACGACUGACGACGCUAAUAAAUUUCUGGUUCAACAAUUUUAUACCCGGUCAAUCAGUCCUGUUAAAUUGUGUGCCACAAACGCAAACCUACCCAAAGUACCAAUCGGACGGGAAUCCACAGAUGGCCAUGCCAUUCAUGGUCCCGAUUUCCAGUUUCUCUCUUCCUAAUUUAGCAACUCCAGUGAAAGCUCACAUCGCUGCUGCAGUUUCUUCGUCGCCUUCUUCGUCUUCUCUCAGCACCCCAAGUUCUUCCCUUCCUGUGACAACAUCUUCCAACCCUAUUUCGUCAAAACCCAAUUUCAAUUAUAUCACUAACAGCAGCAGAGGAAUCAGCAAUCAAGACGAUGGUGAUGACAGAAAAACCAUAUUACCGACUAUGUCUGAGAUCAUGGAAUCCUCAAAGACCCAGAACCUUAACCUACAGCUCCAAACACUGGGACCCUUAUUCAGAAUUACAGCCAUCAACUUGGAAACCAAGAGAGAGCUUGGCAGGGCAGAAGGACUCAUAAGACUCUGGUUGGGAGGGAAAAUUCUUCACUUGGACUCCAUUAGACUGCGCAGAGAGACACUCAGCAUGGAGAGAUCAAUAUUCGGCAUUGGUUUGUUUAUUGGAGCCGUUGCGGUCAGGUAUGGCUACGAUUGCGGUUGCAGAACAGCAGAACUUCUUGCCAUCAAUGACACAGAUCUCUACCAUUCCAAGCUUGUUAAAUUCUACAAAAGAAUUGGGUUCAAGGCUGUACACGAAGUAACUGGUUCCUCCAUGGGAGACCUCGCCCACAUGCUUGUCUGGGGAGGCAAGGGGACUCGAAUGGACGCAGAUAUUGAAGAGCUUUUGAUAAAAUGGGGAACCAGAUUUAAAGUUCGCAGUUAAGUUAUCCGCUACACCCUGUGUCCGUAUAGGUUAAUCGGCUUUAUUGAAUAGCUCAUAACCUUGUGACUGCCUUCUCUUUCUUGCCAAUGAUCAGGCAAGUUGUUCAUUCUCCCUCCUCUUUGUUGUAUACUGUAAAGACUAAAGGGUUUGGGGUUCAGUUUGUCAUGUCUUCUGAUCAAAUCUUCUGGUCUUCGGAAGAACGUUAAUGAACUGAUUUAUUUCCCUCCAGACUCCACACUUUAAAAACAUAAUUAUUUCCUGAUUU